AUGUUGAGCAGACAGGGCCUCAUAUUGGAUGCACUGAAGCACAAGAUACAAGUGGCCAAGAAUGAUCUGGAACGCUACCGGGAGGAGUAUACCCACUGCCAGACAAUGCUGCAACGGGAGCUGCAGCGUCGCAGCCAAUUGGAGGAGAGCUACAUGGACCUGCAGCGUCGCAAUGUCGAACUGGAGGAUGAGCUACAGCUGGCCCUGACGCACGUGGCCCAUCAUCAGGCGACGGUGCGCGAGGCACGCGGCGCACUCAAUGACAGCGAUCGCCUGCGCAAGGCACUGGAGCAUCGCGACCAGCUGCAGUCCGAGAAGAUCGAGCUGCUUGUCUGGGAGCUGGCCAAGCUGAAGCGCCAGGCCAAGGAAGCCGAUCGCACCGCCCAGUAUAGCGGCCAGCGGGCCGAUCAGCUCUGCGAACGUCUCACGCACAGCGAGCAGCAGCUGGAGGCCAGCCGCACCAGCCAUGCCGUGCUCCAGGCGGAGCUGGAUGCCGCCGCCCAAAAUCUGCACUGCGUGGAGCGCGCCUUUGAGCGCUCUGCUCAGCAGGUGCAAAGCUAUGACCGGCAGGUGGCCAAGCUGAAGCAGCGCCUGCACGAGAGCGAGAAGCGGGCCCACCAGGCCGAGCUGAAUGCCCACCAGCUGCAGCAGUCCUCCGCCAAUCUGGAGAAGCGGCUCGAGGAGCGUGUCGAGCAGCGCUGGCUCAAGAAGCUCCACAAACUGGACCUGCAGCUCGUUGCCAGGGAAUGA